AUGCCUCCAAAAUCAAAAGCCAAAGCUGCAAAACCCUCAGCAGCGCCUGCAACGAAACAAAUACCCAUUGCCCGUCCAGAUUGGCCAGCCCUCACACCCAUAUCUCCAGCCUCCGAUCUUACCUGCUCGACUUUGUUACCCGCUCAAAUCUUGACAAUACCACGCCUCUUCACCUCAUAUCUGAGUGCAAAAUACGUCUCUUUCCUACGCUCUCUACCACUCACAACAACCNCCGGACGCCCAAAACGCGGCGAUGCCGUCCGCGUUAAUGAUCGCUACCAAAUCGACGAUCCAGACUUUGCACGCCAUCUCUGGGAACAAACUGCACUCAAAGAUUUGAUCACUGCAGGAGAAGUUGAUGGAGAAUUACUCGGCGACAAGCAACGUCAAGAUCUCUUCGGCGGCGAGAUCUUGGGCUUGAAUCCGAAUAUCAGAAUCUAUCGAUACUCAGAAGGCCAAUUUUUUGAUCAGCACUAUGACGACUCUAACAACUUGAUGUUUGUCAAAGAGGAUGGCAGUAAUGUUGCAGCAAAGACGACUUGGACACUGUUGCUAUACUUGACGACUUGUGGUGGCGGCGAGACGGUGUUUUAUCCUGAUCCGCCGUCUAGAAAGGCAGCUCCACCACCACCUGUAGAGGCGAGCCCAGAAGUCGGUCUCGCAUUGUUGCAUCGCCACGGCAAAGAAUGCAUGGUCCAUGAAGGACGUGAAGUAACCCAGGGUGAGAAAUGGGUCAUCAGAAGCGACUUGUGCGUCAAGCGAUGA